CACAAAAUGUCAGAUUCGUAAUGAAUGUUGACAUCGCGAAAUUCAUAACCUAACUUGUUACUUUUGGAAAAUUACAAAUACGUUUUGUUUUAUGCACUUUUUAACAGGUUUUGCGAAAUGAGAUUCUUUUUUUGUUAAAUCAUUAAAAAACAUAAUAUCGUGUGGUGUUAGAUUUAGUUUAAGCGUUUUUAGUUUUUAUAACGGACCAUGGGUAUUUUGGAAAAGAUUUCCGAAAUCGAGAAGGAAAUAGCGAGAACUCAGAAAAAUAAAGCCACUGAGUAUCACUUAGGUCUAUUAAAAGCGAAGUUAGCUAAAUACAGAUCGCAGCUACUUGAGCCCACAAAGAAAGGUGGAGACAAGGGUGAAGGGUUUGAUGUGUUGAAAUCAGGUGAUGCCAGGGUUGCUCUCAUAGGAUUCCCCUCCGUUGGUAAGUCUACCCUGCUGUCAACCUUGACACACACGCACUCGGAGGCCGCGAGCUAUGAGUUCACAACUCUGACAUGCAUCCCUGGAGUGAUAGAAUACAGAGGUGCCAAUAUACAACUACUCGAUCUACCUGGGAUCAUUGAAGGUGCUGCCCAGGGCAAGGGCAGAGGACGACAGGUGAUAGCGGUUGCUCGUACAGCAGACUUGGUACUGAUGAUGCUGGACGCCACCAAGCCCUACGUGCACCGCCAAUUGCUGGAGCGCGAGCUGGAGAGCGUGGGCAUUAGACUGAACAAGAACAAGCCUAACAUCUAUUUCAAAGUGAAGAAAGGUGGUGGUCUAUCUUUCAAUUCAACGUGUCAGCUUACAAAAGUAGAUGAGAAGAUGGUCCAGAUGAUUUUACACGAAUAUAAAAUAUUCAAUGCUGAGGUAUUGUUCCGUGAAGACUGUACUCCGGACGAGUUGAUCGAUGUGAUUCUCGGCAACCGCGUGUACCUGCCGUGCCUCUACGUGUACAACAAGAUCGAUCAGAUCUCCAUACAGGAGGUGGACCGGAUAGCGCGACAACCACACUCGGUCGUUGUCAGUUGUAACAUGAAACUUAACCUGGACUUCCUGCUGGAGACGCUGUGGGAGUACCUGGCCCUCAUCCGAGUUUACACCAAGAAGCCAGGACAACCACCGGAUUUCGAUGAUGGACUUAUUCUGAGAAGAGGCGUAACGAUCGAGCACGUGUGUCACUCGAUCCAUCGCACGCUGGCGAGCGCGCUCAAGUACGCGCUAGUGUGGGGCACCAGCACCAAGUACUCGCCGCAGCGAGUCGGCCUGGCGCACUCCGUGCACGACCAGGACGUCGUGCAGCUCAUCAAGAAAUAAACCACGCGACUUGCAACUCUAUAUCCUAGGUCGUAAGAUUCAAAUUGGUACUAAUAGUCAAUCUGGAUUUACUGCGUUCUUGAGUCUUUAUGUCAUGCAGCUCAUAAAGAAAUAAAGCUAAUUUGAAGCAUAUGUAUAAUCCUAUACGGUUUAAAUUGGUACUGACAGCGAACCGGUUUUUAUGAAAUCGACGUCAAACUCGUUCAGAAAUAAACCAUACAACUUUCAACUCUAUAUCCAAGCUCAUAUAGUUCAAAGUGGUACUAAUACUGAAUUUAAUCUGACAGCAUUUUUGAAUCCUGUGUAACUUUGUAUUUUAUUUGUUAGUCAAUUCAAUACUUUUUUUAGUUAUAAAUAUGACGUAAAGUAAUCGUAGAAAAGUCGCAAUUUGUGAGUGUGAUCCUGUUCCAAUCCGUGCACGACAGUUAUCGUUCGAUAAGAUGUAUUUUCAAUUGAAAAAUACGUCUUAUCGUACUAUAACUUACCGAAUCGGGUGUCCUGAAUCGCCCUGCAGGACGUGGUGUAGCUCAUCAAGAAGUAGACCAUGCUAAUUUCAAUUCUAUUUACAAGCUCAUAGGGUCAAAUUGGUUCUACUUCUAACAAUGAAUGGGGAUGAUGCCUAGGUCAAAAAUAAAUUAUUUCUUACUAAUUAUUAUUUAAUAGAGGGUCUUCCAAAAUUCGUAAAAUCCACAUUCGCUGCUAGUUUUAAGUUUGCUAACCAUUUUAAAUUAUCGAUUUGACUAAAAAAGUACCUAUGUCAAAUGUUUAUGACGUCAUAUAUGUAAAUUUUAUUGACGUUUGAUAAAAAGUCACUAAUUUGACUAGUAGUCAUCAUCCAUAUUGAACAGAGAAGAGUACCCCAAUUAUGUCGCAUAAGUUAUCGAGGAAUAUAUUAUGCAAUUCCCAACUAUAUAUCUAAGGCCGCGAUUACAACUGUUAAGUUUUACUCACAUAAUUAGCUUAGAUGCUUAACUUACGACAAAACUAAUGUAAACACUCUUGUACCUCAGUAAAAUGGUAAAUUAAUUACGUAAGCUACUUACGUGGGUAAAACUUACAGGUCAAAUUGGUACUAAUACCGAAUCUGCGACAUUCUGCUUGUCUUUGGCCAUAAAAACUGAUCACAGCAUGCGCUUUACAUACAUUUUAAUUUACAAAAGAUGAAGUCAAAGAAAGAUUACUCUCCAAUACUAUUCAAUAAACUUGACCCUAAAUCGCGCCGGUAAAGAAAAAAGACAGUUGCAAACUUGUAUGUAAAUAAUUAUGUAAUUGAAAAUUGCUAUUUGGAAUUGAAAGAAUGAUUAUAUAGAUUUCUUUUUCUGUUUAUCAUUGCAAAGUUAUAAUGUAAAUGUUUUCCAUUAGAAUAAAUAUGGUUUUUACAAAUUUUAAUGGUUUUUUUAUAAAGUUAGAACUGUGUUUAGGUUAGCGUUCUUCACACGCUAAUCGUAGUCACCUGACAGCAUUGCAAACAUACCACAAUUAUUCCGCUUAUCUACCUAAAACAGCCACCAUAGGGAAUAUACUCCGAAACGUGUAUCUAUCCACCCCAUACAAAAAAUAUACAAGUUCACAGUUUGGGGUUUUUACUCGUGGUCUCUCAGAGAAAUUUAAUGCUGCCGAAUUAUAAUAGCAGUCUCUCCCAUAGUCCCUGAAAGAUACCGUCCCUCCGAAAAAAAAAGAUUCCAACGAAUUGAGAACCUCCUCCUUUUUUUGAAGUCGGUUAAAAAAUACAAUACUAGAUACUGAAUAAAAUUGAACCCAUCGUACGUCAAGUGAUAAUACGUGGUACUUUCUGAGAACUAAGGUUGAAAUCUAUAGAGCGCACUUUGACUUUGCUUAGAUUUAGUUUCAGUUAAAACGAGACAGAUUUAUAACGCUGUCUCGUUUUAACAGCAUCUGAGCCUUAGGGUGGGACCACGUGUAACAAAGGCCUAACCUAUGAUGUAUAACUGUUUCAGGGUGAAUAAUAAUUUUUAAAUACAUAUAUGUACCUAUAUAUUUUUAAAUUAAACUGACUGUAUCCAAAUGAGCUUUGUUAUUAACUUACACUUGUAUUUGGUUAAGUACAGCCAAAAUGUAUAAGUGAAUCCGAUCAUGGCUGAAUAAAAAAAUGUUGCAAUAAAGUUAUUUAUUAAAUUUUU